CUAUUCUCAAUAUUGGGUUUGCAUUAUUCCACCACUGGUGUUUAGACGUACGCAUGUUAGGAAGUGAUAAUAAAAAGAAGUAAAUAAAAGGCUAAAUUAGAUGCUAUUCUUUUGCUGUAUAAUAAGAUAAGUGAUAAUACAAUAGAUUGAAUAAAGGACUCGCUGAGUUGUUGCAUUUGACAGAUUUCAUGUUGAUGUCAGCGAGCACUGGACGUUGCAACGACGAUUGGUUGCAAUAUUUUUUGAGGACAAGAAUUAACGAGGCAGACUAAUACAAGGUUGCCAUAGAUAUUGUGUUAAAUAGAUAUUAAAAAUAUAUAGUAUAAGUGUGCCAAAUAUUUCUGUGUACUGUAGUUUAAGUUUAUGUGAGUGUAGUUUCAUCAUGUCUACAAUUCCUGGGAGUAUGUUUGUGGCACCAGGGAGUUGCCACACCAGCCUACGCAAGUAUCAUCAGAUUCAAAAGAGACAGCAGUCCCAAGAGAUUGAUAUUCCCGAUUCCGGCAUUCCAGCAACUGGAAGCCCAAGGAAGGCAACGCCAGCAUCACCAAUUGGAUCUCCUACUCCGCCAAUGUCACCACUGAACAAGGUUUACAACUACUUCCGCCAGUUCAGUAAUCCAUCAAAUACUGGUGUACAGGAAUUCCAGGGAUCGUCAAGCCUCCCUGGGGAGUUCCAGAACUCAAGCCUACAGAGCGAGCUUCAGACAUCAAGCCUUCGAGGGGAGAUCCAUGCCUCAAGUUUAAAGGAUUCCUUCAACUUUCCUCAUCAAGAUAACAAUAAUUCAGAGCUGAAGUCCCCAUUGAACUCACCAAGAUCAGAUUCAGAGAAUACUAAGAACACAUGAAACUUUAAGUGAUGGUGUACAUGAAUUUGUUGCUACUGUAAGUAAUGUGUGAACGAUUUCCGUUGCAUAGCUGCAAACUAUUUCUGUUGCUGUAUUAUGCAAAUGUAAAACCCCUUCAUUUUUACAAAUCCUGUAAUUCUAUUAAUCAUCUUUAUUUAUAAAAUCGUUGGAAAUAUUAAGAGGUGUCAGCUUACUGUUGGUAUUCUUACCACUUCUUUGACAGCUAUUAAUUUUAUAUGGAAUCAUAACAUUUUCUGGGACUGCAAGUUGUAAAAUUUAAAGGUCAAUUGAAUGUCCCAGAUAAACAAAAUCAUGAGAUUUUAUGGUUGAAAAAAUGAAAGGGUUUACAUUGUUUGUUUGAGUUUUACAUGAAUAGGUUGUAAAUUUUAUCAAUACUGUUGACCAAGAAGUAUAUCAGUGCUAAUAUAAUAAUUUGGCUAGAAAGUUCCAAUUUUUUUUUGUUGAAAUUGCAUCUGGUAUUAUAUUUUUAACACAAUAACUAUAUUUAAAUUGAUUGCCAGAAAAAUGAAGUUUAUGUACAGUGUCUGAAUUUUGUUUCAACAAUGAUACAGAAAUGUUAAAGCCUGUGUACAUUACAGUGUGUGAAACAUGUUUUAGUGUUGCUAAAUGAAGUUAUUUUGCUGUGUCCGAGUUAUACUUCAAUGAUACUACAGUAAUUGAAGUUCAAGUACAGUGUUUAAAUCUUAUUUCAAUGAUACUAAAUGAGGUUCUUGUAUUGUCGCUAAAUCAUGUUUCAACAAUGCUAAUUGAAAGUCCACAUACAGUUUAAUAAUUUGGUUCUUGAUAAACUUUUUAAUUUCUAUUUGUAUACAUUUAUGUUCUUUUUCUUGUUGAAAUCGUGUCUGGUAUUAUAAUUUUAACGCGAGAACUAUAUUUAAAUGGAAUGCCAGAAAAAUGAAGUUUAUGUACAGUGUCUGAAUUUUGUUUCAACAAUGAUACAGAAAAGUUCAAGCCCAUGUACAGUACAGUGUAUGAAACGUGUUUGAGCGAAAUGAAGUUAUCUUGCUGUGUCUGAGUUAUACUUCAGUGAAGCUAAAUUGAAGUUGAUGUACCGUGUUUAAAUCAUAUUUCAGUGACACUAAAUGAGGUUCAUGUACUGUCUCUAAAUCAUGUUUAAACAAUGCUAAUUGAAAAUCCACGUACAGUUUCUUAAUUAUGUUACAAUGAUGAUGUUCAUUUACCUUUUCUGAACCAUGUUUCCACACUACCAAUUAAAACCCAUUUAUAUUUUCUGAAUAAUGUCACAAUGAAUUUCAUUUACUGUGUUAAUUGAAAUGCAUGUACAGCAAAAUGUCUUAAUCAUGUCACAACGAUGAAGUUCAUUUGCAUUGACCAUGUGUCUAAAUAAAUUUGCAUUGAAGUUUAUGUACAGUGUUAUUGAAAUCCAUGUACAGUAAAGUUUUACAAUGAUGAAGUUCAUUUGCAUUGGCCAUGUUUCAAUACCAAUUUAAACCCAUGUAUACUUUCAGAAUAAAGUUGCAAUGAAGUUCAUGUACAGUAUUCAUUGAAGGCCAAGUGCAUUGUUGGAAUAAUGCCUUGAUGAUACGUAUACAGUAAAUGAAGUUAAUUUACAGUGUCUGAAUCAUGUUCCAAUGAUGCUAAGUGAGUUGUGUUGUUGUAAUAGUCCAUCUGCAGUGUAGUGUAGUUGACAAUGCUAUACCGUAAACAAUUGUUUUGAAGCCAUGUACUGUGUGUGGAUCAUGUUUUAAAUAAUGAAGUUUAUAGACCGUUUUUGUUUUAAUGAUGCUCAGUGAUGAUAAUUUUAGAAAGUACAGUACAAAACUUUUGUUUCCAAUAUACUAAAAUUGAAGUUAUAUUAGUUUCUGAAUCAUGUUCUGAUGAUGCAAAUGAAUUUAGUUUACAGUGUGUCAAUGAUGUAGUUCCUCUAUAGAGUUGUUAUCACUAAUUAGAAUUCAUGUAGGCAUAGAGUGUUGGAUUUAUGUUUCACCAAUUUCAUCUACAGUGUUGGAAUCGUGUAUUAAUGAUGCUCAAUGAAAUUCAUUGAUAGUGUCUGAAUCAUGUUUCCAUUAUGCUAACAUAAUUGAAAUUCAUGUAGGCCUUACAUUGUCUGAAUCUAUCUCAAUGUUGCUAAAUUUUAAAGAGGUUGACUCUUGUAUGGGUUAUGCAUCUCACCUAGUAAAUUGUAACAAACUGAUAAUUACCAUUAGUUUCGAUAUAUCAGUAUCUGUGUUUGCUACAUGUUUCUAUAAUAACUAACAAACCCAACCAAGCUCUAGAGGGCGUACUAUAACGAUGGGACCGUACCAUCAAAAUCUUCCAUAAAGUAAAGCACUGUAAUGCUAUUUUCAGUGAUUACUUUUUUGUAUCCACCAAGUUAAAAAUUUCAGACACACACGAUUAUUUUUUCAGCUAUGAAGUAAUAUUUUGACAGUAAGUAGUAUUCAUAAAACGGUCAAGCAAAGCAUAUUAAUGCUAUUGUCAGUAACUAAUUGUUAUUACAAACCCACAAGCUCUGAUUAUUUACUGGGAAAUUGUGACAGUGCAUGUUGAAAGUAUUUGGAAAAUAGAAAAUGUAUACAGGUUGGUGUUUUACAUUAAAAACAAAAAUGGUAGUUUUGGAUAACUGCUUUUGGUACAAAAAUUGGGGAAAAAAAUGAAAGUAUUUGGAAAAUAGAAAAUGUAUACAGGUUUGGUGUUUUACAUUAAGAACAAAAAUGGUAGUUUUGGAUAACUGCUUUUGGUACAAAAAAUUGGGGAAAAAAAAUGUUUCAAAUGAAAACUUCCAUAAUGAAUAUGGUUCUUGUCUAACAUAGGGGCCUAUAUUUCCCACUAGUUUCCCCAAACAAUAAUGAAUUAAUUGUCAUUAAUUGUAUAACUGAAAUAUUCAUAGCAGUUUUAAGUGACAAUAAUGUUAUAUUGUAACUGAGUAUAGUCAGAAUGCAUGAUAUACCAUACUACAAACAUUGUAUCUAGGAUUGUUAUGAAACUGUGAUUCAGUAUUAAUCUCAAAAAAAUAAUUGUGAGAGUAUUAUAUGCCUAUCUGUUGGACAUAAUUUUUAAUUGGCAAGGAAACUUGCCUCCUUCUGAUGUUCGUUUGAAAGCUGUUAACCUAAAUACAGGUCUCCUUCUAAUUACAGAUCUCUUCUGGGACUGGGGUUUCCAUGUGUUUUAGCAGCUUUGGACAUUUGUUAAUUUUGGAACACAGAAAAGCAGUCUUUAAUAGAAGGAGUCUUUUUUUGGAUGGAGACCUCUAUAUACAUAUUCAAUUAUUGAAUGAUAUUGUUCCGAUAUUUAGCUCAACACAGUCGGUAUAAUUUCCAGGAUUUUCAAGUUUUUUUCCCUUUCUCGGAUGAAGUGUCGUGAUUGUUUUGAACAGUGGCGUAACGAUUUGGCGGGGGCCCUGUGGCUUUCUGAAACUGGGGGCCCUUUUUUGGUCCCAGUCGCCAAUUCCGUCGUAGGAUUUCAGAUGUGCUUGUUUUUCAGUCAUGUUUUCAUUGUUAUUCUAAAUGUUUUUAACGAUGAAUGAAUGAUAUAAUAUCAGUGGGGGAUCCAGGUAUUUGAAAUAAAGGGGCCAGGGAAGGACUUUCACAGUUAGAGAGUCUGUACCACCUCAGCCCCACAAUGGUUGGGGCUGAGGCAAUUAUUUAUGAUUAUGGCACCUCUAGAUGGCUGGAAAUGGCACUCACAGACAAAGCUGUGAAUAUAACUUUUUUUUAUCCCCAUUAAAAAAUAUUUUGACAAAUUUAGUGGGGCCCCGGGGCUUAAGCACCCUCCCCUGUUUAUUCCGCCACUGAAUAUAAUAUGAUAUAUGCCCUACAGUCGAUUUCAGAGACACAUUAUAUUGUUAUGUAUCAACAAAGUUCUUUUUGGUCUGGGUGCUAGAUUGAGGGACCUAGAGGUUGGGGGCCCUGUGGACCGCCACAUGAGAGUGCAUAGGUGUUAUGCCACUGAUUUGAAUUGCUGUAUUUUAUGAUAAAGAAUAAAGUAAUCUAAAAAUAUAAAAA